CCGUGAACAGCUUGCGCUCAUGCAAUCGCUCUAUCAUCACUUCGAUCUAUCUUUUGUCGUUAUUGUUGUUUCAGCAUUCGUUCGUUCUCAACAUCGCUGGUGAGCUCAUCGAACCGAGGCACGGUUGAGGGCUCAAGUCCACCAUGGGUUGCUGCAUUUCUCGCCCAGCUGCAGAGGCGGCCAACAAUGACGGCGCGCAAGAUGCACCCCAUGUCGCCCAUUUCGACGCCUCUUCGCGCAACCUCAACGCGCCAAACUCUCGACACACGUCUGCACCCUCUUCUCGCGGUUCCAUUUUCGGACGUCCCUCGAAUGCUGCGCCUGCCGGUUCUGGCACCCAAUCUGCGUCCAAUGUUCGCCCGAAUCAACCCCUUAUCCCAAUCCCGGCCGAACAGCGCUCUACGCUCCCCAACACGCUCGCCUCACCCACGACCGCUAAGAGCAGAAAUCGCGUUAAGCCGCUGACAGACUCGUCAGGUCAGGCUUGGACGAGAGCGCGACUAGAGAAGGAACGCAGGGACUGGUGGGACACACGCGUAACAAACAAUACUCAGGUGUGGCAGUGCCUUCGCGCAGCAACAGAGGCUCUACAGGAAGGCGAUCUUGCAACUGCCCAGACCUUGUUGGAUGUUCAGGGAUGCACCUGCCCGACUGGCCAGCUCUGGAGCAGAGUGUAUGAUGACAGGGGCGCAGAGUACAAGGUGCCUGAAUGGCUAGCCAUCGAGCCUGCUGGUAUUGUGGAUGAGGAGGCGGUCCUGGCGACUGAGGAUAAAGCCAAUGUCGUCACUACAUUCGACGAGGCAGAGCUGAACCGCGAGUUCAUCGUGCGCGUACGGUUUAGCAAUCAGUCGCAAGAUCUUAAGACAACAGUGCGGAGACGGGACAGCGUUGCAUCCAUUCGUGAGAAGUGUAAGGCGCUAGCAAAUUUGGGCGACGACCACAAACUCAUACUCGUAUACAGCGGACGCGUGUACCAAGACCACGAGACCCUCGAAUCUCACGACAGCUGGGGCUACGACAACGACUACGUCCUCUCCUGCUUUGUAUCGCUCCGAGAGUCCACUACGACAUAGCGCGUUUUAUGCCGAGGGUGCAAAAGACUUUCCACUAGGCAGGGCAAUUCGUCGAGGGUGGAAAUCUGCAGGCAUUGUAGACAACGCGCGAUCGACAUGUUUUCGGGCGCCGAUCGCUCCGUGGC